GUGCGCCAUGAGCUUCCUUCUCUGUUGGAGUUUUAAAAAAAGAGAGAAGUUCGUCAAAUCAGCCAGUCUGAGUAAAGCGAAACCCAUUGCUGCUGUUAUUUUGAGCAAAAAGAAGCCGAGAACUCAGACCCGUUCCAGAGAUCUUAACUCGGUCACCACGAAAACAAUUGCUAGGAUACUACGAGAAAAACGCAAACACAGAACUGCAAUGGAAGGAGAGCAGUUCUCCUCGAGAGAAAGCCAACAAGAACCUCGUGUUGUACCUGAGCCUUUGGCUGUGGCUGCUGCCUGCUCGGAUGAAGAUGACAUCUACGAAAACACAACUGUGUUUCAAGAAGAUCAGGAACAGACUGAAGGCCCAACUCACUCAGGGGAGAAAAGUUCCCGAAGUCCCAAUUCUUCCAUGACAACGAAAGAGCUUCAGGAGUACUGGCGGAAUGAGAAACGCAAUUGUCGAGAAGUCAAAGUCCUCUUUGAAAUCUCGUCAGCCAGAAUUGUGGACAAACCAUUAUCUAAAUAUGUGAUGUAUCAAAUCAUCAUCGUCCAGACUGGCAGUUUUGACAGCAACCGGUCAGUGAUCGAGCGUCGAUAUUCAGAUUUUGAACGAUUGCACACCAACCUCUUGAAGGAGUUUUAUGAUGAGAUGGAAGAUGUUCUCUUUCCCAAGAAAAGUUUGACCGGAAACUUCACAGAUGACAUCAUCUUAGAGAGGAAACUAGCCUUCCAGGACUAUUUGAGGCUCCUGUAUUCCAUGGAAUAUAUCCGGACGUCGCGAAUAUUUAUUGAUUUCUUAGUCAGAGCGGAACUGGAAGAGGGCUACAGUUGCCUUCGGGGAGGACAGUACGCCAAAGCAUUGCAGGUAUUUCUGGAUGUUGUAGUGCUGCAAGAAAAACUCACCAAGCACAGGCCCAUUCUGGUGGUCCCGACUCUCUGUGCCAUACUCGUGUGUCACAAAGAUCUGGAAGAUGCCAGGAGCGCAUACGAAUUUGGAGAAAAAGCACUAAUGCGCCUUGAGAAACAUCCCAGCCACCGAUAUUACAUGCCCCUCUUGGAAACCAUGCUGUCUCUGGCAUAUGAACUUGGCAAGGACUUUGUAUCCUUCCAGGACAAAAUCGAUGAGAGAAAAGCCAGGAAACGGCAAAAUAAAAUGGUGACGCUCAAAGAACUGGCAGUCUUGGAGUACAUACAUUAAGGGUGAAAUGGAACUGGCAGAGACAGGUACAUUUGUUGUGAUUAGCAUGUUCUUUCUGGGUCUUCUCAUUCUCAAAUAUGUCAAAAGUAACCCUUUUCCAGUAUUGGCAGUGUAGUAAACCUCCCAUCGUAAUUCUGAAAAAAUAAAUUAAUAAUAAAAACAGCGCAAAUGUUGUGGACAGAAACAGACAUUAGAGACAGCCCGUCAUUGGAAGAGGCUGUUCCUUAAUUACUGAAAACAAAGCAUCUGAGUGCAGAAUAGGAUAGUUUCUCAUUUCACAUAAUUUGCAAAUUUUUGUGCUUUGUUUUCCGGCUUUCAGGACUUCAGCAUGUGUUCUUCUCAUUCGAUGACACAGUGGUGCUGUAUCUAUAAGUAGCACAUCCUUGAGAGGAAAGGACUGUGGCUAGUCUCCUGUUUGAUUGGUAGGAGUAAUCAUGCGAGCUGUUUUCUUUACUUUCCUGGCUGGUUUUCACGUGACCAACUGAGCAAUCAGGAGAUGAACGGUCGCAGAAAAUAGCUUAUUCCAUUUGCAUCAUCGCUCUUCAUCAAUCACGUAAGCCAAUAGAAUUUUGGUCUGGCUCUUUAUUCUGACAAAAGCUUGCCCCAAUCCACAGCAAAUCAUUCUGCUUUUCUUUUUGUCCCUUGGGAGAAAGCACAUCUCUGUUGGUGUGGCUCACGUCUUAGACAUGAAGGGCUGAAAUAUUACCAUGCCUAAAGGGAUAACAUUGCAAAGUCAGGCCAUGGAAAUGUAAUAAAUAAAUAAAUAAUACACAUUUGCCUCUUGUGACCAGAGCCUGAUUUCUUACUGAUGCUAAUUUUCUUUCCGCUCU